CUGCAGUGGCUUUUCUUGCUCUCUUAGAGCUGAUUUUGCCUUUCUUGGCCCUGCGAAACCGGUUUCUCUUUCACUUAUGGGGCGUAAGAGGGCAUGUUUUAAGUUAGGCGAUCUUCGGGCAGCUCGUCUCCUGGCGCAGGGUCCUUGGGCUGAGCCUUGGGGCGACAGCCGGUAAGGCCGGGUCUUUCUCUGGGGCGGUCGCGCAGGCAACGGCUGCGGGAAGCCGGACGCAGGGCGACAUGUACUACAAAUUUAGUGGCUUCACGCAGAAAUUGGCAGGAGCAUGGGCUUCCGACGCCUAUAGCCCGCAGGGAUUAAAGCCCGUGGUUUCCACAGAAGCACCACCUAUCAUAUUUGCCACGCCAACUAAAUUGACUUCUGAUUCUACUGCAUAUGAUUUUACUGGGAAAAACAAAGUUCCAGAGCUGCAGAAGUUAUUCCAGUCCGAUGGUGUGCCCAUCCACCUGAAACGAGGCCUGCCUGACCAGAUGCUGUACCGGACCACCUUGGCGCUGACGGUGGGAGGGACCAUCUACUGCCUUAUCGCCCUCUACAUGGCUUCCCAGCCCAGAAACAAAUGAGUUAGGCUGCGGAGGACUCUUGUGCUUUUUGGCAUAAACCCCUUUGAAUUUUUAUUUUUUGUUGUUUCUAUAAAAUUCUUUUUUACUUGAAUGGCCUACUUAACAUUUUGCAAGGAAAAGAAAUAGAAAGAUAUUAAGACAGUAUUUUGGUUGGAUUAUGAAGUGCACAUGGCCUGUCAGAACUCUUUCAACAGUUCAAACUAUUGUUCAAAGAAAUGCUGCUGCUGUUGGAGUUGGGCUCUAGUUUCCCUGGAGGCUCUGGAUGGAGGCUGCACAGGACUCCUCAGGGGCAAUCUGGGCUGAGGGCCUUGGGGCCUGCUGGUGGUGUUCUCCAGCAUGAGGUGCAGAAGCUUUUCUGGAUUUGGAUGUGACUGAGGAAGGAAGACAGAAGCCAAGGCCAGGUGUAUGAAAUGAGGGGUUUGAGUUAGGCCUUACCUUGGGGAUUUUUUCCAUCUUGCAGUAAAUUGUUAGUAGAAAUUAUUUGCAACAUGCCUCCAUUCGUCGGGCAGUUUGUUUCAAAGGGUUGUUUGCUUCAGCUCAGAUCUUCAAGAAAUUUUAUGUAUAAUUGUUAUGUGUUUAUUCCACCAUGGGAACAGAACACCUGUUUAGUGUUGCACUUUAGAUCGAUGUCUGUUUUAUCAAUGCAGCUGUGACACAAAGUCUCCUUUACCUUUUAAAAUGUUAUGGCUUUUAAAUUAUGAUUUAUUUUGAUUGUGGAAUAAAUACAUGAAUGGAAAA